UUCUUUCUCUUAAUUCUCUACUUUCUCUUUUCCACAUUAAUUCCUUCAUUCUCUUACUAACAGAAAACUAAAGGCCUAAUCAAUUAAUAUGGGUAUUGAGAUAGAACAAUCUUGUGUACAACUUUCAAACAUUGCAAUUUCUGACACUCAUGGAGAAAACUCACCCUACUUUGCUGGAUGGAAAGCAUAUGAUGAAAACCCUUAUCAUGAAUUAACUAACUCUUCUGGUGUUAUACAAAUGGGAUUGGCAGAAAAUCAAGUUUCAUUUGAUUUGGUAGAAAAGUAUUUGGAAGUGCACCCGGAAGAUUACAAUGGUUUCAGAGAAAAUGCAUUAUUUCAAGACUAUCAUGGACUUAAAUCAUUCAGAACUGCAAUGGCAAGUUUCAUGGAACAAAUAAGAGGUGGUAAAGCUACAUUUGAUUCGGAAAGAAUAGUCAUCACUGCCGGAGCAACUGCGGCUAAUGAGCUUUUAACCUUCAUUCUUGCAAACCCCGGAGAUGCUUUGCUUGUUCCCACCCCUUACUAUCCAGGGUUUGAUAGAGACUUAAGGUGGAGAACUGGUGUAAACAUAGUGCCAAUUCACUGCAACAGAUCAAACAAUUUUCAAAUUACACCAAAAGCUUUAGAAGCAGCUUACAAAGAAGCAGAAUCAAUGAACAUGAAAGUGAGUGGAGUGCUGAUCACAAACCCUUCAAACCCAUUAGGUAUAACAGUUAAACGUUCAGUUCUAGAAGAGAUUCUUGACUUUGUGACAAAAAAGAACAUCCACCUUAUCUCAGACGAAAUCUACUCAGGAUCAGUGUUUAAUUCCUCUGAGUUUGUAAGCAUAGCAGAGAUUCUUGAAACUCGUCGAUACAAAGAUGCAGAGAGAGUUCACAUUGUCUAUAGUCUCUCAAAAGAUCUCGGUCUACCAGGUUUCAGAGUUGGAACAAUUUAUUCAUACAAUGAUAAGGUUGUAACAACAGCCCGAAGAAUGUCGAGUUUUACCUUGAUAUCUUCACAAACACAACAAUUUUUGGCUAAUAUGCUAUCAGACAAAAAGUUUACUGAGAAGUAUAUUAACAUUAAUAGGGAAAGAUUGAAGAAGAGAUAUGAAAUGAUAAUUGAAGGUUUGAAAAGUGUUGGAAUUGAGUGUUUGAAAGGGAAUGCAGGUUUGUUUUGUUGGAUGAAUUUGAGUCCACUUUUGAAGGAGUCAACUAAGGAAGGUGAAUUGGAACUUUGGAAUAUUGUUUUGAAUGAACUGAAAUUGAAUAUAUCUCCGGGGUGUUCUUGUCAUUGUGAUCAACCUGGUUGGUUUAGAGUCUGCUUUGCUAAUAUGAGUGAACACACUUUGGAAGUUGCAUUGAAAAGAAUACGUAACUUCAUGGCUAACCGAACAGGGACAAAGAAGAUGUAAGGAAAGAAUAGUGGCAAGCUAGUAUUUGACAAAUUUUAUUACUAUUCAUAGUUUUUUUUUUUAAAUGGUUAUGACCAUUUUGAUAUAUUCUUUGUUUAAUUUGUUAAUAUCCGAAAAUAUGUAACAAAAGAUUCACCCGAAGUGUAUGAGUCUAAGCUCUUGUUUGCUUGCUUUAAUUAAGCAAGUUCCU